AAUUGGAUCAACAUGAACAUAGGCAAAAGAAGAAUCAACUGGGAGAAAUGGACCAUAUUCUGAAUAUUUAUUAGUCUUAUUGUUAUUCAGGUUGUCAAUGUCGCCCUAGAGCAAGUUAUGACUCAUGAUAUGUACCUGGGGAUACUCUCUGUUGUAAGAGUUAUGCUAAUAGGUCUGAAUAGGCUCACGUUAAUACCUGUCUCAAAGAAAUUAAUGCACUUUAAUACAAUCUUAACAGUGAUGGCAUACAUAUACUGACAAUACUUGACAUGGAAUGCUGUCCAGCCCUCUGGCAUGAAAGUUGUAUAUUCAAUUCUGUCAGGGAUUCAGAUUUUCACAGUAUUCAUACUAGCAAAAUGGUACAUUAAUUGUGAGAGGACGGAAAGCUGGAAAUAUUUUAGAACCGGAACCAAAGCUCAAGAGUACAUACCUUUAGACCAAUUCCAAUAUGGAAAUCUGUCUAAAGGCAGAAUAUCAGAAGGUCCUAGCCAAGGAGUGACUUACCAGCACACUGCUGAGUUAAAAGAAGGUAAAAUCGUGGUACGAGUCAAACCAAUCUCUGAGAUAAUCCAAAAUGAUGUGGAAUGAAAUGAGAAAGAUGAGUUAGUCUCCUCAGUGGAUAAGAUUGACCAGUACGACCGUAGGUCUGGACAUAGCAUAUUUCUUAGUUAAAGUAAUUCACCUAUUUUCUUAAAGUUUCAACCAUA